AGCGCCGCGAUAUCGGCAACACUUGGCGAAACCCAGCUGGAAACCUGUUCGGCCCGCGCAGGCGGCGCACGGCCCGUAUAAAAGUGAAUUGUGACAAAAAUUCUGAACAGUUGAAGCGCACGCUCGGCGGCGACAGCAUCGAGAACACAGAAUCGCAGAUAAGCCUGCUGGCAGAGACGCUCGUAACGGUUUCGGCAUUCCGCGAGUGCGCCCACCCCGCAGAUUGAUUUGUAUCUGAAUCGGAACCAGUGACAGUGCCCCGGCCGAACAGGAUACUCCACUUGCCCCACUUCCCGCAUCAAACGGCACCCCACAGCAGCACCAAAGCCACCGAAGAUGGGCGCACACACCUGGCGGGUUUCCCCUCUGCUCCUGCUGCUCCUGGCAGCCGCGGCCCUGGCCGCCCCGCAGCUGCAGGAGGUGCCCCACGCCCUGCUGGACAUCGAGACGCCCAACCAGUUCACCUACAACUCGCCCCUGGCCCAGCCCAACAGCCUGCAGUCCAAGCCGUACUUCGACUUCCUGAGCACCCUCUACGCCCACGACUCGGCCAAGUCGAACCUCUUCCGGCCGUACUCCGGGCGCCAGCGGCGGGACACGGAGUCCCAGAAGCUGGACCGCCCGCGCAGGGCCAUCGUCUUCCGGCCACUGUUCGUCUACAAGCAGCAGGAGAUCCGCCGGCAGGAGAUCAAGGACAGGCAGGCCGAGAGGCGCCACGACCUCAACCGCCUGCAGCGGUUGUAGUCCUCUCCGCCAGGGACUUGGCCCCAGCCCACUCCAGUCCAGUGUCCAUCCGGCCAACCCGGGAUGUUGGCCUCCUACAGGGUCCUCUAGCACUUAGCCACUUCCACUGUGUCCUAGCCUUAAGAAACGCACUGCAGCGCACGAGAGAGCACUCAUCCUAUAUAUAUUAUACUAUUCCAUUCGCACCGCCACCCACCACCCACCACCCGCCACCCGCCACCCACAUCCUCGUAGACUAAGCCCAGAUGUUUGUUACGCCCUUGUUAUCGCGGUUAUUGAUAUUUGAUUAAAGCUGACAAAACUGAUUUUGAUA